ACUCAUUUUCUCCGUAGCCGCCUUGCUCGCGGCCCCAUCCCCCUUUGUCUGUGGAGGACUUCUUCUGCCGCUUCCUCGCCGUGGCCACCGGGCCGCCGACGCCUAGCCCCCGCGGUGCCCUCCCUCCCGCGGAAUCGUCAACACGGCCUCUACCUGCCUGCGAAGUAGAGUGUGAAGUUCCAAUUAUGCUGCCAAGCAUGGAGGAGCCCCUUGUCGGAGGCAACAUUGAGAAGACAGGAGGGCCAGGAGAGAGCCUCUUAGUGAUUGAGGUCAAGAAGCAGUUGUACCUUGCCGGGCCUCUCGUCGUUGGAAGCCUGCUGCAGAAUGUCGUCCAGAUGAUAUCGGUCAUGUUUGUCGGUCAUCUCGGUGAGCUCGAUCUCUCGAGUGCCUCCAUCGCCACCUCCUUUGCCGGUGUCACCGGCUUCAGCUUAUUGGCCGGCAUGUCGAGCAGCUUGGACACACUGUGUGGGCAAGCCUUCGGAGCAAAGCAGUACCAUCUUCUUGGCAUCUACAAGCAGAGGGCAAUCCUUGUACUCACUCCUCUGAGCGUCGUGGUUGCUGUGAUAUGGGCAUACACUGGCCAGAUCCUCCUCUUCUUCGGCCAGGACCCUGAGAUUGCCAUGGGAGCAGGGAGCUACAUCCGUUGGAUGAUCCCGGCGCUGUUCGUCUACGGCCCGCUGCAGUGCCAUGUCCGGUUCCUACAAACACAGAACAUCGUCCUCCCGGUGAUGCUCAGCGCAGGUGUCACAGCACUGAACCAUAUCUUGGUCUGCUGGUUGCUGGUUUACAAGCUUGGCCUGGGCAACAAGGGUGCUGCCUUGGCCAAUACAAUCUCUUACCUGACGAAUCUGCUCAUCCUGGCUCUCUACAUCAGGCUCUCUCCAUCCUGUAAGAGGACUUGGACAGGGUUGUCAAUGGAGGCAUUUCGCGACAUCCUUAGCUUUUUGAGGCUUGCGGUUCCAUCUGCUCUGAUGGUUUGUUUGGAGUGGUGGUCAUUUGAGCUGCUUGUACUUUUUUCUGGAUUUCUUCCAAAUCCUAAGCUCGAGGCGUCCGUGUUGUCCAUCAGUUUAAAUACUCUUUCAUUAGUAUUCAGAAUCCCAUCUGGACUUGGUGCAGCUAUAAGCACCCGUGUAUCAAAUGAGCUCGGUGCUGGGCGACCUGAUGCUGCCCGUUUAGCGACCCAUGUGAUCAUGGUUCUGGGUCUUGUGUCGAGCGUAUCGGUCGGUCUUGCCAUCAUUUUGGUGCGCAAUUUAUGGGGGUACGCAUACAGCAACGAGAAGGAAGUGGUGGAAUACAUUGCCAGAAUGAUGCCAAUUCUCGCCGUCACAUUCUUGUUUGAUGACCUGCAGUGUGUCCUUUCAGGUAUUGUUAGGGGCUGUGGCUUGCAGAAGAUUGGCGCGUAUGUCAAUCUUAGCGCAUACUACCUUGUCGGCAUCCCGGCGGCUUUAUAUUUUGCGUUUGUGUCCCAUCUUGGUGGAAUGGGGCUGUGGUUCGGAUUAACCUGCGGACUUGUCGUGCAGACGGUGUUGCUCCUGUCCAUAACCCUGCGCACCAACUGGGACAAAGAAGCUUUGAAGGCCAAGGACAGGGUUUUCAGUUCUUCCCUGCCUGUAGACUUGGCAACAUGAGACACACAAGACAGGAUGCACAAUUUUUCGGGAAAUUAGCCAGCGAGAUGUGCAUGGAGAUAGAACCAAUGAGGAAUUCGUCGCCGAAAAUGGUGCUUCGUCUCGAUGUCACUAGCAUGUGCAGUUCUUCACAGAAGCAUCGGGAAAUGGGCGAUCCGCUUUGGUAAAAACAAUUCGUAUACAGAAAAUAAAAUGUUGGGAUGGGUAGAGGGUGUAGUACCUGGUGAUAUACAAGGGAAUAAGGAUCCAGGAUUUUCAUACACUAGGAAUGAUGAGGGUAUUUUCUUCACGGAAAGAAUAUAAUUGCUCAAUUGCAUGGAAA